CAGUCUGCGGCCAAAGCAGCUGGACAACAGUCACGUCAGCUGGAUCACAGUAAAACAUAGUUUUGAAAGGGAAGUUUCUUGUAUUUCCUCAACCUUAAUGGUUAUUUUAGCCAAGUGAAUUUCUAGCCUACACGAAUGUAGGAAAAUAUGGCUGUAUAACUUGAUUGAACAAAUGGUAAUGAGAAAUUCGAUGACACCGGGUAACCACUGCGGCAAUGAUACAAACAGUAGAUGGAUUGAAUUUAAAGAAUUUCUGGAUAUUAAACCAACGUUAUGCCCUUCGUAAGCUUGACGUCAAUUCCAACUCGUCAAAACUGGCCAAGCUGGGCUGGCAAAAUUGGCGCAGCUGACUCGAAUUUCCAGUUGACCGUCACUCUAGGACCCUCUAACCUUGCUAGUUUCCUGCCAUGCGUGAAUGCUGCUUCUGCUGGCGAUUGGACGCUGACCGGAACUAUUUGGCUUUGCUAACGAUAACAGUAGUAACUGUGCUCCUUGCUGCCGUCACUGGUACAGCAACCAACAAGGACCUCACCCUCACCACCCCUGAUUCGCUCAAUCGAUCUAAACGGCAUCUUCAUCACCUGAUACUUCUCGGCAAGGGCCGGCGCCACUGGAGCCGACCUAGCAGCGCUGAGGACGACAGUAACAGUAAUAGUACCGGUACUGCUGUCGUAAUCAAUUCAGGAAGGCCAACUGAUGGAUUAGGAGGGAGCGGAGCCAGCCCCAAUGCUGGUUCAGGUUUUGGGAAUGGUGGAGGGGCGCAAAGUACAGCUGGUGAAAAUUAUGGAGGUGGUUCGAGCUUUCCCAGCACGGCUGGGUCAACAGGAACACAGUUCGGAGGUGGAGCCUACCCUGCUGGUGGGUACAAUCCUGGGUACACCGUCCCAGAUGGGACGUACGGGGGAGCACCCGUUUCCACGAGCUGGGCCGCAGAAGGGGCCGUGAACCCUGCCCCGGCAGGGUACUAUCCCCAACAAAAUGUAGGCACUGGUGAAAACUUCGGGGGUGGCUACGGGGCAAACGGCUACGGAUCAAAUAGUGAAGGACAAAGCUGGAAUACAGGCUACGGGGACGGAGGUGGAGGUUUUGUAGGUGGGCAGGGCAGUGAAGCAGGUGGCGAGGUUGCAUAUGAUAAUAGUGGCAGCUAUUAUAAUGCUGGGGAGAGCCAAAGCAGUAGCGGGAGCUCCUCAGGCAUGGGAACCCAAGUAGAUGUAGGGUACUCAGAGAGACUGACUUCUAAUCCGCAGCCACCUGUACAAGUGGGGCGUGGAAGGGCGCGUGGAAACGCAAAUAGGGAAAACAAAGCUCAGUCAAACGCAUCAGAUGGUGACCAGGCUUGCUCGUGUUCGGAAGACCCAAACCAGAGUGCAGGCAGGCCUUUGCGUCCAGAAUCGGGUCCAACAAAUCCUUACGGAACGGGCCAAGGCCAAAGUGAAAAUCCAGCUGAUAGCAAUUUUGCCCAGACUGUGGGUGUUUCGGUACGCCCCUCCAUUAUAGGAGGGUCAGUAACGAGUAAAUUACCAAAUGGUCAAAAUUUUAAUAUUCCUAGACUACCUGCACCUGGAGGAGGUAGAGGCCCACAAGGCGGUAUGUCCAAUCGGCCUGUGGGGAACGCGGGCAGCUCCAAUGGUUUACAAGGGAGCAACGCUGGCCCUGGCCAACUUCCAGGGAGUGGAGAAGGUAACAGAAUUCCAAACAAUGGGAGGCCUUCAACGUAUCCGGCAAGAGCACCACGGAAUUGUAGUGCAUCUGGCGGACACAAGUCAGGGGACAGUUCCACAGGAGGUGUGGGCCGACCGGGGUCUGCAGAGGGCAAAAGGCCAGGCAGACAACCUCAAGGUCCAACAUGGGGACAACCUCAUGGGUCAAAUAACAGAGGAGAUAUGGGCAAUCCAUCAGGCUCUGGCGUUUCUGAGGAUUAUAAUCACGGUGGAGCCCCGGGGGGUGUUUCAGCUAAUUUACCAAGGCCACCAGAGUUUUCUGGAGAUUUUUCUUCGACGGGAAGCAUGCAAAAUAUACCUCGACCUACAUGGUCAUCUAGUGGCUACCCGAGUUCUGGAGGUGCGUCAAACUUGCCAAAGCCGGAAACUUUUUCAUCCGGAGGAAGUGCAUCAAAUUUCCCUAGACCACCAGGUACGCCCGGGGAAUUUUCUAAUAUCGCAGGGGCAGGCGGAGAUACGUUCAAUUUUCCAAGGCCACCAGGAUUUUCUUCCGGGGGAAGCUUAGGAGGGAAUGUAGCGACUUUACCUCGACCACCGUCAAUACCAGGUGGACUACCCUCUGGAGGUGCGAUGGGCGGUAAUAUGCCUACUAUACCUGGAACACCAGGCCUAUCGGGUGCAUUUCCUAAUGGCGGUGGAAUGGGUGGAAGUACUCACAACUCUCAAAAGCCACCCGGAUUUUCAUCUGGGGGCAGUUUGGGAGGAAAUAUACAGACAUUUCCUCGACCACCAUCAUUGGCCAGUGGACUUCCGUCAGGAACUUCAAUCAGUGUUAGUACAUCAAAUCUACCUAGACCUCCAGGACUACAAAGUGCGCUUCCUAGUGUUGGUGGAAUGAAUGGAAAUACGCACAAUUUUCCUAAACCUCCAGGAUAUACAACUGGGGGGAGUAUGGGAGGUAGUGCACCAAAUUUCCCUCGACCACCAUCAAUGGCCAGUGGACAGCAUUUAGGAAGUCAAAUAAACAGCAACAUACCAAAUCUUCCUAGACCUCCAGGACUACCGGGUGGGACGUAUAGUGGCGUUGGGACAGGUGGAAAUACGCCCAAUUUCCCUAAACCACCAGGAUUUUCAUCUGGGGGUCAUUUAGGCGCAAAUGCACCAAACGUUCCUCGACCACCGUCAAUGUCUAGUGGACUUCCUCCAGGAGGUGCAAUGAGCGGUAGUAUUCCAAAUCUGCCAAGGCCUCCAGGACUAUCUGGCACGAAUGUGAAUGGCGGUAUGACGGGUGGAAAUAACUUCAAUUUACCAAAGCCACCGGGAUAUCCAUCUGGAGGAAGUUUAGGAGAAAAUAAACCAAAUCUUUCACGGCCACCAUCGUUACCUAGUGGGCUGCCUUCCAGCAGUGGUAUGGGAGGAGGGAUGUAUAGUUUAUCUAGGCCACCGAGCCUUGGAGCAGGGUUUCCCACUGAGGCGCAUACAGGAGGUAGCACACAGAGUUUCCCCAGGCCACCAAGUCAACUGGGUAGGUUUCCUUCGUCAGGGAAUGGAGAAAUAAGUUCAAACAGCGAGGGUUUACCACUUGGACGACCAGCUUUAGGUACGGGAAUGACCGCUUCAAGUGGCAAUGGGUUUUCUCACUCAGUAAGACCUCCAGGACUUGGUGGAAGUCAACAAAUGCUGCCUAAUGGGGCUGGUGGUCCGGGUGGUAACUUUCCAGGCAUGACUGGAAAUAGUGGGUUGCCGCGGCCCCCAGGAUUUGGGGGAGGUCUACAACAACCCAAUUUGGGGGAAAAUUUUCCUAUACCGGGGUCAAGCACCAGUGGAGGCCUGAGUAGCACGGGAAUCGGAGGUGGACGCCCGGGAAUUCCAAGUGGGGGCAAUACGGUAGCUGGUUUGCCGAGGCCGCCAGGGUUUGGAGGUGGCCCCCCGAAUAUGUCAGGAGUUGGCACAGGGCUUCCAUCCUUGGGUCCAUCCGGGUUGCCCAGGCCACCAAGCUCUAGUAGCGGAUUGCCUCACCUGCCGGGUGCAGGUGGGUCUGGACUUGCCACUGGAUUGCCAGGAAUGGGGAACAUUGGGUCGGGAGGUGGUCUAGGCAGUGGUAUAGGGGGACACUUAGGUAGCCACCUAGGGAACGCCGGAGGGGGAAUUCUCAGCCAACACCACCAGCAUAUGAUGCAAAUUAUGCAACAUAAAGCAGAAAUCGCAAAAGCUGCAGUUGAAACGGCAGGGUCUGUUAUGAGCUCAGCAGGACAGGUUGGAAGCGGUGCUGGCGCUCUCGGUGGUGGAUUAGGAAGCAGUGUUCUUGGGGGUGGAGCUAGUGGAGGUAGUGGGCUAGGAAGUGGUAUUGGGGGGGCCGGAGGGUUAGGCAGCGCUCUUGGGGGACUCGGAAGCGCCCAUGGAGUUGGGGGUGGUGGAGGCCUCGGAAGUGUACUCGGAGGUGCAGGUCGACUGGGAACUGUCCUCGGUGGUGGGGGUGGACCUGGCAGUGCACUAGGUGGUGGAGGCGGACUGGGCACUGGAGUUCUUGGGUCUGUUGUAUCUGGGAAGUGACUAAUUUACAAGAUUCUUAAGAAUGGCCUCCUAAGUUAAUGAAUUGGAGAAGUCCUAGUAAAAAUAGGAUACAGAUGUUCUGUAUUUGUUGAAAAUCUUAUACAAUG